ACGGUUAAACCAUGGAUAAACCCGAUAGGAAAAGAAUACAGAAAAAUUGGAGUUAUCUAAAGGAAAACAUUGAUGUGGGGGGUACAGUCUUCCUUGAUAAGUUAUUUGAAUCCGUUUUUUCGCAAGAUGAUUUGGAAAGAGUUAAGGCUGAAUGUACAACUGGGGAUAAAGUUGAUAGGUGCUUGCGCAUUCUUUACACAAAGUCAGCUGGUUACAAUGAGUUUUGCCAGGCAUUAAAAGCCAGUCAGCAUGAUUUUGUACUGGAAACCCUUCAGAUGACAGUAAUUGACUUAAAGGAAAUAGAAGAAGAGGAACAGAAGAUACUCAGUACUUUAAAGGAGAUUCUACAUGAGUACUAUGAGCGAGCAGAUCACACCUGCUUUGUGAUGAAAGAAGUUAUUCAAGAUGACGUACAGUAUGAAUUCAGUCAGAAACAGCAGUUAUUUGAAGAGUCCUGGGACUAUAUAGAUAAAGCACUGAAGGAAGAGUUUCCUGAUUCACUUUUCAAACGGAAGAGAAGAAAAGAAAAGAUCUAUGGAAUAAAAAGGAAAACGGAUUAUACAAGUGAAGAAGACGAUUCUGUAACUGAUCGGGAAAAUGAAGACAGUCCUGCUAGGAAAAUGACUUCAAAAAAUCAGACAGGAAAUGAAAGUCAAGGAAAAAUGUCUACAGUCACAAAGCCAUUAAAGGAUAAAGACGUACAUGCCCUUUGCGCUAUUUUGAAAGCCAGGUUUCUAGAAAAAGGUAUCGAACAAUCAAUUUUAGAAAUCUUUGUGAAAGAGGACGUUAACGGGGAAGUGUUUUGUACACUUUCGAUGGAGGAUAUGCAUUAUCUGUUUCCAAAGGAACGCUUACCUAACUUUUCAUUUGGGCAAAGAAAACUCAUCUUGAACAUUCGUGAUGAAAUGGUACAGGCAGAAAAAAAUGGACUUCUAUUUCCUGAUAACAAUCCGGAAGAAGAACAAUCCGAUGUUAAAGAAAUUGGACCAGGUGCAGAAUAUUCAACAGAUUAUCCAGUUUCAGACAAAUUUCGCGAAACAUUUAGAAAAUUUGGUUUCGCUGCCAUCGAUAGGGAUAAAUAUCUUUUUGAUUCCAUCCUUACAUCAGAAAACCAAAUUACAAACAGUCUAUUGGAAACGGUGCAUAAUUUCAUGUAUGAAGAAAUGGAUGAAAAUUUGAUCCCAGACUGGAUAGCUAAAACAUCCAUUCCUUAUAUAGCUAGCUGUUUAAAUGAACGUGUGAAUGGUACGAUUCAUUUUGGAGUGAAGGUACUGCCCAAUGAAUGCACAUUGAAAGGAAAUAUAAUUGGACUAUUUGCCAACAAACAGAAGAUAAAACGGCGUCUAUUUGAAGCAAUACGGAAUGCCUUUUUUGACGAUGAUUUUGAAAUUGUGAGUCGAUGCGUACAACCACCUCAGUUUAUCCGCGUUGUUAAUUCAGAGAGUUCAGAUCUUGAGGGAUGUCAAUCAGGAAAACGAUUUAUUGUUGAAAUUGACAUUAUCCCUAGUUCUAGUCUCGUUGAAGAAAUUGCGUUCUUUGUGAAAAAUUUUCCAUCUUCAAAGGAAGGACCCAAAAGAUGUUUGUACAGAUUUCAAAAAGGAACAGCUAAUCCAAUGAUUCUGACAGGGGAACAAGAACACUCUUUUAUGAAUGCUAAGUCAAAAAUAAACCAGGAACGAAGGAAUCAAGAAGAAAAUAGAAUUCAGUCAACCGCAAAGACUACAGACCUGCGCCAACAAUUUCUGAAUUUAUUUUCGGCAGGAAAUGAAGUCUUACUGGAGGAAAUUUAUCCUAUUUUGUUUUUGAGUUCUUUGGAAAGUGAUUUGGGAGAGGAAUUUAUUGCAGAAAAUUUUGAAUUUCUGAAUGACAUUGAUCCCAGUGUUAUAUUUGAUUUUGACUCCUGUAGUGAAGGGAAGGGCAUGUUUCAUUUCGUUGAAGAUGACCAAGAGAAGAUUUUCAAAAUUCUCACAACGGAUACAUUUGAUAAGAAUAGUGAAGAAAACUUGGGUAAAGAUGCCUUAAACAAUGCCUUGGAAGACCUGAGAACAUCUGUCAUCAAACCAUGGGUAUUCUGCAAUGGUUAUCAACCUAUUAGAAAAGAUCCCCUGAAGAAAUUAGCCUGGAAACAAAGCAGGAGCAAUGGAUUUAAAGAGGCUAUCCGGUUUUUCUAUGGGGAAAUACCAGUAGACCGUGCUAUAAUUGUAUUCUUACUCUUCUCAAAAAACUACGACAUUAUGCUGGAUGCUGCAGAUGAAGUUUUAUCUAAAUUCCCAGAUCAGUGGAUUCUUCUUGCUACAAAUGAAUCUAUUGCAAAUCACUGGAAACAAAAUUUAUUGGACAGAGAAAGUGUAGACAAGAAGACUUUAGACAAAAGAUGCAUAAUAGGGAUGCCAUGGAAACAUGUCAACGAAAUGAUCAAAAAAGUCAUGGGGACAAAAGCAACAUCUAUUAGUGAAAUUCCGACGUCAAAUGGCGCUUUCUGUCGCUUGAAAGAAAAAACAAGGAACGAACUGUUUGAUCUUGAUAUUUUGAGUGCCAAUGAGUGUGAUAAUGAUCUCAACAUCGCAAAAGAUAAUAUAGAACAACAUAGGAAGAACGUUGAAGAAGCCUUUUUUAGAGGAGGUCUUGUGCAGUGGUGGAACCUUUGGUUUGAAGAAGAUCAUGUGUUAAAACGCCAUAUGCACAAACGCCUAGUGGAUGAAAUUCGCAACGUCUGUGAAGGAUAUGAAAUAGAUGACGACAGCAAAGUUGGUAUUGUUCGCUUAGUUCAUCAACCAGGUGCUGGUGGCACUACUUCUGCUAAACAAGUUUUAUGGGAACUUAGGAAAAAGUAUCGAUGUGCGGUAGCUCGUCGAAUUACGGAGCAAACAUGUGACCAAAUCGAAAAGUUUAGAUACUAUGAAGAAUCAGAAAACCCUAAACCACCAAUCAUUCUCAUAGACAACGAAGACGAGGAAAAAUUGACAAAUCUUUUUGCUCGAUUAGAAAAUAGGGCACGGAUCCUCUCCAGAAGAAGUGAAGCACCAUGUAAGGUGUACUGUGUUUUUUUACUUUGUUUUCGACGUGCAAAUCUUCCAAGGAAUUCACUUGAUCAUACAUUUCAGUUACGUCAUGAGCUAAAUCAACAAGAACAAAAGUGGUUUCAACGCAAAAACGAUCAUCUUCAAGAGCAGUAUAAGACUAAAGGUGGUGUUAACCCAAUGUUACUUAUAUCAUUCAACAUGCUGAAAGAAAAUUUUAACAAAGAUUACAUAAAGAGAGCUGUGCAAGAAUUUGUGAAUGAUAUAAAAAACGAGCAAGAACAAGCUUUGCUUUGUCAUCUUUCUCUGAUGAAUACAUUUGACUUAGAUUUUCAGUCUGUGCCAAUCAGUGCUUUCGAUCCACUGAUGACAAACUUCAAAAACAUUAAAUAUAUAGCCUUUGGUUCGGUUACACAACAGAGACGAGGAUUUCGAGAAACAUCUUGGGAAGUCAAUCUCAAUUCUUCAUUGUUGGUGCUUGUAAAUAGAAGUGCAAGGGUGGAUUGUAGCAGUCAGCUAAAAGGGUUUUGCAUCAUUAACCAAUUGUUUGCAAGCGAAAUAUUUACCUACAUUUCAUCGAAGAAACACAUGACAACAAGUGAAAUGAUGAUGCAAUUCCUAGGUUCUACAGUUUUUAAAUCGUACAACAGGUCAUAUGAAGCUCUUAAAAAGAUCACUAAAGAUAUCAUGAAGAAGCGUGAACUGUUGUCUACGGGAAGGAAAGAGUAUUUUUCACCACUUAUCAUGGAGGUGAUAAAUAAAGAGAGUGUUGAUAAUGCUGCAAAAAUUUUAGAAAUGGGAUUUGAAAUGUUUAACGAUGCUAUGAUUGCGCAGCAGAUUGCUCGAUUGUACAUGUAUGCUAAAAACUGGGAUAAAGCUGAAAAUUUUGCGAAAAUUGCAACACAGAUGAAACCAGAAAAUUCAUAUUUGUGGGAUACAUAUGGUCAGGUAUUUAAACGUCAGUUAACAGACAUGUACUUAGAAACGUCAAAGGAAUCGUCAGAAUUGCAAGAGAAGGAUGCGGUUGAGGCCAUUAAGCUUGGAUUUAAGGCAAUACAGAAGUUUAAUCAAGAACAAGAAAAGAGUGAAAAAGAACAUGGCGUUAAAUUCAAUGACGCUGGGUACUUCGCGGAGAUGCGGACAGUACUUAUCCUACUUGAAAUUCUGCAUUUUUGUCCUGGAACCAAUGUCCCACGUAACCUUAAAAGAUUUCUGAAUGAUAGUCAUUAUAUACCAACAUUCUGUAAGAAUUUAUCAGAAGAAGCAAUACAGAGAAUAAAGAGUUUUCAAUUUCGAACAAACACGGUAAUGAGAAUAAUUGAAGAGCAAAGUUCGCAAUUGAAGAGUGAUAUUAUGAACAAUGCAACUGUUUGCAAACCAGAUUUCACACAACGAAAUUCUUUAGCGUACUUGCGAGAAAAUUUAGAUAACUACUUUGGAGAGAAUUCUGAUAAUAUUCCUUCGUCACUGAAUGAGCAAGAUAGGGCGGAAUUUAUCCGUCGUAGAGUUCGAAGACUUGUCGGAAACACCUUGACAACAGUAUUAAGAUUAAAAUCAAAAGAAGAUGGACAAUCAAUACUCAAAAAUGUUGAAGCUUUGCUGUUUCAAAACUGUAAAUCAGCAUACUGCACAGUAACUGAUAUAAUACAGUUGGUAAGUGUUUCUAUCGUAAGGAAUCUAUACAAGGAAAACGCAGAUGAUGAAUAUAGAGGGUUAUUACAGUGGAGUAAACGGGCCUUAGAAAUGACAGGAAAAUCUGAAGAGAGACCUUCUUUAGAGAUAUACAUGUUUCUUGUUUUGUUGCACUGGCCAACAGUCCGAAGAUACGAAAAAUUUGCAGACGAUCUGUGUACAGUUAAGCAGCUUCAAGACGUCAUCAAAAAAUGGAAAAGUAUCUUUUUUCAGAUUUAUCCAAGACAGCGUGAAGACGCUUUCUUGCACCGAGGAGACACUACAUUUUUCUUCCUUGGACGUGGAUCAGCGUUUAGCGAGAUAGUUUACUAUGAAGAUCUGCAUGAAAAAGGCGAUUCUAGAUAUUUUCGUGGAGAUUCAGUUUGGCGGAAACAAAAUGUUAGAGAUCGACUUCAAAGGGUGCAGGGAAUUUUGAAACCACAGGGUUUGGAAGUUUUAAUCGAUAUUAAGAGUCCACGAGGAAAUAUUGAAACACUAGUGAUAACAACCUCUCUUCCGGUUGCUCAGAGACAUCUUUGGAAUAAGAAAGUUUAUUUCUAUGUAGGAUUCAGUUGGUCUGGCCCAAAAGCGUUCGAUGUUUCUCUGGAAGAGACUCCUUCCUUGGAAACACCAAGGCCUAUUAUGUCUACAGGUGGAUCUUCAGUCAAGGUUAACAGUGGACUUCAAAAAUAUCGUGAUGUUAGCAAUCAUGAAGACUACCAGAAAAAAAUGAAAGAAUUCAAACAUCUUCUCAAGAAAAUUGAACAGCUAAAGAAAAUGAAAAGCCUAACGGAAAGAGAGAGAGAGUUGGUAAUGAGAGAGGGCAAAAUAAUCAGCGAAAGAGAAGAUUUAAUGAAAAGAAGAGAGGAGUUUCUGUCAGGGGCAUUUUUUACGUAGUAUAUCACGGACAUACGUUUCCUGGGGGUUAUUCAAGAAUACUUUUUCAUGUACUUCUUGCGCCAGACACAACUACUAAAUAAUAUUGAAUCAUCUAUAUCUUUUAACGUAUGACCUUAAGAUGUUAUUCAAUGAAAAGAUAUUUGAAUUCUUGCUGUUGAAUUUCAGUAUGAUGUACAAUUUGAACGUAAUUACUGCUUUAUAAUUAUUCGUAAUUUCUGAUUUUGAGAAUUUUAAGACUAUCAACGAGUGUAUGUUUUGGAAAUAUGCUAAUUAUCUAAUCAUAUUACCGUAAAAUGUAAA